UGCUGAACCGAACAAAGCAUUACUUUUUAUUGGUCUGCGUACUAAUGUGUGGCUUUCUCUCACUGCUAACAUGGCAUCUGUUGUACGGAACAUACAACAUCUCCAUAUUCAGAGGGUCGGAGGUCAACAGCAAAAGGUUCGAAAGAACAGAAGACAAGGUGAGACUGGCUACCAAGUCGAUGAUUUCAAAAAACCAGUGGAAAGAUCUGGCCAUUGAUAAACUCACUGGUAAAAUGUUACCAAUGUUUGACAACCAAAAUGUCAGAGAAAUAAUUAUGCACAACCAGUUUGGUACAAAGCCUGGUCAGUUAAAAAACAGUCAAGCUUCAAAAAAUGACAUGUCACCCACAUCAACCAGUCAAAGUGUGCGUCCAGUAAUAAGCAUUAAUAAUGUUAAUGAAAUGACCAGUCAGAAGGCUGGAUCUGCAAUGGCGUUAAGUAGACAAGUUAAUGGUCAUUUUUCCCAGGCAGUUUCAGGUAAUCGAAGUUUGCUACAGACUACGAGUCCACUGAAUGGUGAGCUGAAGAAAAAUGAACACAUUUUAGAAAAUGUCUGGAAUAUGUACAAGGAGAGAACGGACAAGAUGAAUGCAAAAUUGACAAAUGAAAAUGAUUCCAAACAAAACAGAAAUUUUACAAGUGUUGAAAGGAACUUCAAAACUCCUGUAUUAAAUCACACAUCAAGUGACCAUAGAAACACUUCUUACUUACACAAUGCAGAAAAAAUUCUGCAAAAUGACAAGGCAGAAAUUCUGCAAAAAGACAACACAGAAAUUCUGCAAAAUGACAAUCCUAAUUUGUCUUUAGCUGGACCUAAAGAGGUCAUAACACAAGUGACAAAGAAAGCUGCAGUGAACAAGACAAGUGUGUUAAACUAUCUCAACAGAUCAGAAAUCAUUUCCCUCUAUUACGGACAUUCAGUAAUAAAUUCAUCACGACUGCAACAGCUGCGAAAACACCACCCGUGGUUGGUUCUGUCAAACUUCGAGCAACUCGACCCCAAGACCACCUUCCGGCCUGACAUCUGCCAAAACUGUUUCAAGCCAGACUUCCCCAUUAUCAUCGACCAAAAAAUGAGGUGUAAGACUUGGAAUUCCGGCAAGUUAGACCUGCUCAUUUUGAUUUUCUCAGCUCCAUCAAAUGUCAACACUAGAGAUGUGAUCCGAAAAACGUGGGGCAAACUCUGUCGGAAUCCGGGCCAGCCGACCGCCUGCCUGUUUGUGAUCGGGCUGUCGAGGAAUAAAACCACCAACAAACGCCUACACAUUGAGAACGCCUUAUACAUGGACAUCCUACAAAUUGGUUUUAGAGACUCUUACUCCAAUCUCACCUACAAGACGAUAUCCUCGCUAAAGUGGGUCGCGGAUAACUGCUACAAACUGAAACACGUAAUGAAGACUGACGACGAUAUGUAUGUGAAUACCAUGUUAAUUCCUCUCAUGUUGCAGGCAGCACCGACAAAACGUUUCAUGGGAGGUCAUUGCUGGGGACCGUCCAGACCAAGCAGAGAUUCUUUUUCCAAAUGGUAUGUUCCUCUGACGAGUUUCAAAAGGGACAAACUGCCACCAAUGUGUUCUGGCACAGGUUACAUCAUAAGCAUGGACGUCGUAAAAUCCAUCGUGUUCACUUCGCAGAAUAUUCCGUUCUUUCACCUGGAAGAUGUCUACAUCGCCAUGUGCGUGCAGCAACUGGGCAUCCUGCCCGUCAGCAUCGUGGGGUUCAGCAACAUGUUCCAGGAAUUCGACGCCUGUCGCUAUAGAAACGAGGUGAUGACCUCACACCAGAUCUCAUCGGGUUAUUUGAACCUGUACUGGCAGGACAUUCAGCAAUGUCCGCCGAUCCAAGUCUCACCACAGGAACUUUAUAUUCCUCUAUCAUUUUCAGACAUUGAAUGAGUAUUUUUUUAAUAUAUAUAUAUAUUACAUGUAUGUGUUUAUCCUGGUGGAAGUAUAAAAAUGUUUUAAAUUAUGUCAAUUUAUUACAAUGUUUUGCUAAGUUUGAUGACUAAAUACCUGGGCCCACAUGUUUAAAGCAAUCUUAUAGAGUUAUGAAAUCAUAAAACCAUUGUAAGCUAUGAUGUCACUAUGGCAUGUGCUGUAUAGUAACGUCACACCCUACAAUGGUUUUACGAUUGUGUAGCGCUAAAAUAGCUUAGAAAAUAUGGACCCAGUAUAGUAUAGUCAUUUUCUGUUUAUAACCUUCACCGAGCUAACACUGAAUGCGAAAUCAAGGUCAAGGUCAUGAGGUAUUUUUUCUCAUUCCACUGUAGAACUGUUCUUGUUUUCAUUCAAUAGCUAACAAAGUUCAAGCAGUCAUUCUUUGUUUACAUUCAGCGUGAACUCAAGGUCGAGGUCAUGAGCUAUUUUUAUCUUGUACCACUGUAGAACUUUUCUUGUUUUCAUUAAUGGCUAAAUGAAGUUCAAACACUCAUUCAUUUGUAAACAGUCAAAUCAACACAACAUUUUGGUAUCUUUUCCAAUAUCUAGAAUACCUUCCUAAACAUAUGGAAUGAAAUUACUAAUCUACUCCAAAAUGUAGAUUAUUUCAUGAAAUCUGCGUUCAUUAAGUAUAUUUACCCAUCUGUAGAUUAUUUCAUGAAAUCUGCAUUCAUUAAGUAUAUUUACCCAUCUGUUUUGCUUAACAGCGCCCUCUAUUAGAUCUUUGAUCAGGAACCUUAAGUGAUGCGAGUUUAUUGUAAUAGGAUGAGUUGUCUCAGUUGCAUAAAUUUAAUUUUGGAAUAUUCAACAGUUUACACAAAUAGAUUUACCUGCAUUAAAUAACAUGCUAACAGGCAAACAGGCCUCGACUUAUGGAUAUCUUUUGAAAAAUCUUAUUAAAAUUAGCUCUACUGGUCUACCAAUAGAUCUAACAGCAUUGCAUGGAAUCUCAUGUCCAGGUGACAUUUCAUCUAUAAAUAACAAUUUGCCUUGACAGAUGGAGAUCUUUUGAGGGCAUUGUGGCCAAAAGGCAGGACAGUUAACAAGGCAAACGUCAACAAGUGUCUUAAUAUAACACAACAGUAGACAUUCAAAAUAAAUAAGUGUGAACAGUUUCAUGUUUUUGUAAUAAUUAAAACAACUUUUGAGGAGUCGCGUUUGUGUAUGAUUUAACCAAGUACUAACAUGCAAAAUAAGGCAUGUCCAGUUUGGCUAUAGACUGUUUAAAUUUCAGGACACUGGAGCAUAAGACUAACAUAUUCUAUUCACAUGGGGCGAGACAUCGCUCAGUGAUACAGUGUUCACCUGAUGUGUGAUUGAUCUGGGAUCGAUUCCCGUCUGUGAGCCCAUUGGGCUAUAUUUCUCGUUCCAGCCAGUGCAUGCUCCACAACUGGUGUAACAAAGGUCAUGAUAUGUACUAUCCUGUCUG